GAAAAACGCAUAUUCUCUGCUUUAUAUUUUAAAGAAAUGAUAUUGCCUUUUUAAUUUUUCACAAUAUUUGUCUGUUAUUUAACCAAUAAAUGGAAUAUGAAUUUUUGAAAGAUCAAUUGAAUUGUCGCGAACGUAUAUCGAAACUUAAUACUUUUUUCUAAAAACAAUAAGAUAAAUCUGACGUCAAUGAUCGAAUAUAAUAACAGAUGUGAUAAAAAGUUGAAAUUUAAUUUGUCGCUUUGUCAUGCAAAUUGCAUUUUUUAAAAAUGUCUUCGGUAAAAACUGAAUUUUUAGUUCAAAUGACCUGCGACUCCUGUGUGCAAGCAGUAAAAAACAGUCUAGCAAAUCUAGAUGGGGUACUCAAUGUAGAAAUAAAUUUUUCUACCGGUUCGGUUGUGGUUGAUAGCACUUUGUCAAUACCUCAAAUACAAAGUGCAUUGGAGUCGACAGGGCGAAAGGUUGCAAUUAAAGGAUAUGAUGGUAGCAUAUCGGCCGUUUCGAUGUUGAAUACUGGAGAUGUACAGGGGGUUGUGAGAUUUGUUCAAAUUAACAGAGAUACUUGCAUUGUUGAUGGCACUAUUGAUGGUUUACACCCAGUGUCGCACAGCUUAGCUGUCCAUGAAUAUGGAGAUCUAUCAAAAGGUUGUCAAAGUGUUGGAAAUAUAAUGCACCUUGGAAAUGAAACUGAUAGGGUCUAUGGUGAUUUAGGUUCUAUCAGUGUUGAAGAAAAUGGAAGAGCUUCUUUUAGAUUUGAAGACCAUAUUAUAAAAUUAUCAGAACUCAUUGGAAGGUCACUUGUAGUUAAAGCAAAGAUUAACAAUUCUACUGAAAAACCUAUCACAUGUGGGAUAAUUGCAAGAUCGGCUGGACUUUUCCAAAACCCUAAAACUAUAUGUGCAUGCGAUGGAAUAUCAAUUUGGGAUGAAGUUUCAAAACCAAAAACCAAAUCAAGUUUAUAAGGGAAAUUUAACCACAGAGAACAAAAUCAAA